CCCGCCCGUUAAUUCCGUGCCGCCGCCUCCGCCUGUUUCAAAUUCCAUUCCCAUCCCAUUCCCCCCUCGCGUCUUCGUUCCAGGAGCAAAGCAGGUGCACGGCGCGCCGCGGAGCGGAGGAGAUCGGCGGGAGGAGUAGGGGAGGUGUCGAGGCCCCGGGGGGGCGCCGCUGGGCUCCGCGAUGCACGCGUGCUUCCACGGCGGCGGCAGCAGGGUCGCCAAGUCCGUCGGCAUCAUCGCCAAGAGCAUGAAGGCCUUGUCACUCAUCAAGGUGAGGGCGGCGGGGCGCGGCGAGGAGGAAGCGCGGGCGCCGCGGCGACAGCGGCGGCGGCGGCGGCGACGGCAUCGGGGGCGUUCCCAGGAGGCCGAGGCGCCGAGGGAAAAGGACGCCGCCGCGGCGUCGUCGUCGUCCUCGUCCGCGUCCUCGUCCGCCAAGAUCGCGCCGGCGCAGCCGCACGAAGGCGACGCCGGAGAUCACCGCAAGGAUCGCCUCCGCGCGGGCGAGGAGCAGCGGGAGCAUGGAGGGGCGACGCACGAGCACUGCGACAAGUGCUGCUCUCCCUUGGAAGGCGGCGGCGGCGGCGCUGCGGACGAGGAGGAGGCCGCCGCGGGCGCGGCGGACAGCGACCGGGAGUGGGCGGCGGAGCCGGAGCCCGGGGUGCUCAUGACGCUGGUGUCGCGCGGCGAUGGCACCAACCACCUCCGCCGCAUCCGCUUCAGCGAGGAGUACUUCGGCGACGCGUGGGCGGCGCAGAGCUGGUGGGCCGACAACUGCGACCGCAUCGUCGAGCUCUACAGCGUCGUCGUCCAGCCCGAGCACCCCUCGCACAGCGACGAGGACGACGACGACGAUCCGGCAGCGCCCGUCACCCCGUGCCAAUCCGAGGACGACGACCACCAACAUCCGGAUGGGAUCGGGGAGCUGGAGUACUCGGCGUCGUGCUCAGCGUCGGCGUCGGCGUCGGGAGGGUCCACCUCCAACUUCUCCGGGCCGUCCAGCGGCGGCGGCAGCGGGUCGGCCAACAAGGUGGACUCCCCAAUCCUCGGGCUCGUCACCGAGGCCGACAGCUUCACAGGGGCAGCCCAGACGAAGCACAGCCACAAAACGAGACAAGGACAGUGACACUUUACCUAGAAAAUUAUAGGGGUUCAUCAGUCUCAUUAAAACCUGAUGAGCACUGAUGGCGACCUCCGCUGCAUCCUGACUGAAAUCCUUUACACAACCCUUUCCAACGGUUGUUACAGUGCCUAACUUAUAGUUGCACGCUGGGGCUGUUUGUUUGUGUGAUAUUUUGCUGAAAUGUACAUAGUGUUUACUACUAUUUAGCCCAGAUUCGAAAUGGAAGAUCAAACUCGAUCCUAUAAUAAAGUUUGUUCAUAUCAGCUUAUGAACCGUAUGGCCA